CAUUAACAUAAAGAACAAAGAAUUUUGUCCAUCACUAUUUUCUUCCAUCAAAUUCCUCCACUAAUAACUUUGGUCUUCUCAUUAUUAUCUUCUUCAUUUUUCCCUUGUCCAGAUCAAGAUCAACUUAUUUCUUCCAUCAGGUUUUGAUCCUUUUGAAGAUCAAGUUAGAGGCAAUGGAAAGUAUUCCUAUUUCAAUAAUUGCAAAAAUUUGUGAAUACACUGUUAAACCUGUUGGACGUCAACUUUGUUAUGUAUGUUUCAUUCAUUCCAACUUUCAAAAACUCAAGAGUCAAGUAGAAAAGCUGACAGAUACAAAAGGAUCUGUGGAAGACAAGGUUUUUAUUGCAAGAAGAAAUGCAGAAGACAUAAAACCUGCAGUUGAGAAAUGGUUGGAAAAGGUUGAUCGCCUUGUUAGAAAAUCUGAGAAGAUACUAGCCCAUGAAGGUAGGCAUGGUAGAUUGUGUUCCACCAAUUUGGUCCAAAGACACAAGGCAAGUAGAAAAGCAAGCAAAAUGGCAGAUGAGGUUCUUGAGAUGAAAAAUCAGGGAGAAAGUUUUGAUAUGGUAUCCUUUAAAGGUCGUAUCUCAUUGGUUGAGAGUCCACUGCCAAAAGCACCUGACUUUCUUGACUUUGGCUCUAGAAAGUCAACAGUGGAACAAAUCAUGGAUGCACUCUCUGAUGAUAAUGUCCAUAAGAUUGGAGUGUAUGGGAUGGGGGGUGUUGGCAAAACAAUGCUAGUGAAAGAAAUUGUAAGAAAAAUUGAGGAGAGUAAGAAGUCUUUUGAUAAGGUGGUAACAUCCACGAUUAGCCAAACACCAGAUUUUAAAAGGAUUCAAGGACAACUAGCUGACAAGAUAGGUUUAAAAUUCGAACAAGAAACAAUAGAAGGAAGGGCUACUUUUCUACGAAGGUGGUUGAAGGCGGAGAGAAGUAUCCUAGUCGUGUUGGAUGAUGUCUGGGAGUAUAUUGAUUUGGAAACAAUAGGAAUUCCAAGUGUUGAAGAUCAUAAAGGAAUAUGCAAGAUCUUGUUUACCUCUAGGAAUAAACAAUUGAUCUCAAAUGAUAUGGGCGCCAAUAAAAUUUUUGAGAUAAAAGUUUUAGGAGAAGAUGAGUCCUGGAAUUUAUUUAAGGCAAUGGCGGGUGAAAUUGUUGAAGCAACUGAUUUGAAGCCUAUAGCCAUUCAAAUUAUGAGAGAAUGUGCAGGUUUGCCUAUUGCUAUUACUACUGUUGCUAAGGCAUUACUAAAUAAACCUUCCGACAUUUGGAAUGAUGCCUUAGAUCAACUUAAAAGUGUUGAUGUGGGUAUGGCAAACAUUGGAGAAAUGGACAAGAAAGUGUAUUUGUCACUAAAACUGAGUUACGAUUACUUGGGAUAUGAAGAGGUGAAGUUACUAUUCUUGUUAUGUAGCAUGUUUCCAGAAGAUUUUAACAUUGAUGUGGAAAAGUUGCACAUAUAUGCUAUGAGCAUGGGUUUCUUACGUGGUGUUGAUACUGUGGUAAAAGGACGACGAAGGAUUAAAAAAUUGGUUGACGAUCUUAUAUCUUCUUCCUUGCUUCAACAAUAUUCUGAGUAUGGGAACAAUUAUGUGAAAAUACAUGAUAUGGUUCGUGAUGUAGCCAUACUAAUAGCAUCUCAGAAUGAUCACAUACGUACAUUGAGCUAUGUGAAAAGAUCGAAUGAAGAAUGGAAAGAAGAGAAAUUGUCGGGUAACCAUACUGUAGUGUUCUUAAUUAUUCAAGAAUUGGAUUCACCUGAUUUCUCAAAGUUAAUGCUACCUAAAGUUCAAUUGUUCGUGUUAUUUGGACCAUCACCAUCUAUAUAUAAUAGACAUGUUGUGUCAGUGGUAGAAACUUUCUAUAAAGAAAUGAAGGAGCUCAAAGGUUUGGUAAUAGAAAGGGUGAAAAUAUCCUUAUCGCCACAAGCUCUUUACUCAUUUGCAAACCUUAGAUUAUUAAGAUUACAUGACUGUGAAUUAGGGAGCAUAGAUAUGAUUGGUGAAUUAAAAAAGGUUGAAAUUCUUGAUUUUAGUAAAUCUAACAUCGUUGAAAUUCCUAUGACCUUUAGCAAAUUGACGCAGUUAAAAGUGUUAAAUUUAUCUUUUUGUGAUGAGCUUGAGGUAAUUCCACCCAAUAUUCUUUCAAAAUUGACAAAACUGGAAGAAUUACAUCUAGAAACUUUCGAUAGUUGGGAAGGGGAAGAAUGGUACGAAGGAAGGAAAAAUGCUAGUCUUUCUGAGCUAAGGUACUUGCCACACCUUUAUGCUUUAAAUUUAACCAUUCAAGAUGAUGAGAUUAUGCCAAAACACUUGUUUUUAGCUGGGGAGUUGAAUCUUGAAAAUUUUCACAUUACUAUUGGUUGUCAGAGACAAAAAAGACAUAUUGAUAAUAAGACCAAUUUCUUUAGAAUCAAGAUGGAAUCAGAAAGGUGCUUGGAUGAUUGGAUAAAAACUUUGUUAAAGAGGUCAGAAGAAGUCCAUUUGAAAGGAUCAAUUUGUUCAAAGGUUCUCCACGAUGCAAAUGAAUUCUUACAUUUGAAGUAUUUAUACAUUUCUGAUAAUUUAGAAUUUCAACAUUUUAUCCAUGAAAAGAACAAUCCUUUGCGAAAAUGCUUACCCAAAUUGGAGUACCUAUAUCUGGAAGAGUUAGAGAAUUUGAAGAAUAUAAUUCAUGGGUAUCAUAGAGAAUCUCUUUUUAGCAAGUUGAAAAGUGUAGUCGUAACGAAGUGCAAUAAAUUAGAAAAGCUCUUUUUCAACUGCAUAUUGGAUGACAUUCUGAGUCUUGAGGAGAUUGCUAUUCAUUAUUGUGAGAAGAUGGAAGUGAUGAUUGUGAUGGAAAACGAGGAAGCAACCAACCACAUUGAGUUUACUCAUUUAAAGUAUUUAUUUCUAACGUAUGUACCACAACUUCAAAAAUUUUGCUCCAAAAUUGAGAAAUUUGGACAAUUAAGUCAGGAUAACUCAAUCAGCAAUACCGUUGACAUUGGUGAAUCGUUUUUCAAUGAAGAGGUAUCACUUCCUAAUUUGGAGAAAUUGGGAAUUAAGUGUGCAGAGAAUUUGACGAUGAUAUGGUGCAAUAAUGUACACUUUCCUAAUUCCUUUUCCAAACUGGAGGAAGUAGAGAUUGCUUCAUGCAACAAUCUUCACAAAGUAUUAUUUCCUUCAAAUGUGAUGAGCAUUCUUACAUGCCUUAAAGUCUUAAGGAUUAAUUGUUGUAAGCUGUUGGAAGGUAUAUUUGAAGUGCAAGAGUCAAGUAUUACAGAUACAAGUCUUAUUGUGCUCAAAAACUUGAGAGAGUUGAAAUUAUAUAAUCUUCCCAACCUUGAGUACGUAUGGAGCAAAAAUCCUUGUGAGCUUCUGAGUUUUGUAAAUAUAAAAGGUUUGGCCAUUGAUGAAUGUCCAAGACUUAGAAGAGAAUAUUCAGUCAAAAUUCUCAAGCAACUUGAAAGACUAACAAUGGAUAUUAAACAAUUGAUGGAGGUUAUUGAGAAUCAAAAGUCAACCGAUCAUAAUAUGGUGAAAUCAAAGCAAUUGGAGACUUCUUCUAAGGUUGAGGUUCUACUUACGGGAGAUGGUUCUGAGUUGUUUCCUAAUCUUAAAGAAUUGACGUUAUAUGGUUUUGUUGAGGAUAACUCAACUCAUUUGCCAGUGGAAAUUGUACAAAUCUUAUACCAACUUGAGCACUUUGAAUUGGAAGGAGCGUAUAUUGAAGAAGUUUUCCCCAGCAAUAUAUUGAUUCCAAUGAAAAAACAGUACUAUGCAAGAUCUAAGAAUUCAGUGCGUAGUUGGUUUCUAUCUAAACUACCCAAGCUUAGGCAUUUGUGGAGUGAAUGUUCACAAAAGAAUGCUUUUCCAAUUCUACAAGAUUUGAAUGUAAUAAGAAUUUCAGAAUGUGGUGGGUUGAGUUCCUUAGUUUCGUCAUCAGUAUCCUUUACAAACUUGACAGUUCUUAAAGUGGAUAAGUGUGAUAGACUAACCUAUUUGUUGAAUCCUUUGGUGGCUACAACCCUUGUGCAACUUGAAGAAUUGACUUUAAGAGAAUGCAAAAUGAUGAGUAGUGUAAUUGAGGGAGGAUCAGCUGAAGAAGAUGGAAAUGAGGAGACAACCAACCAGAUUGAGUUUACUCAUUUGAAGUCUUUAUUUCUAAAGGAUUUACCACGACUACAAAAGUUUUACUCUAAAAUUGAGACAUUUGGUCAAUUAAGCCGUGAUAAUUCCGAAAACCCUGAAACAACCACAAUUCACAAUCGCAUUGGUGAUUCAUUUUUCAGUGAACAGGAAUCACUUCCUAAUUUGGAGACAUUGAGAAUUGAUGGUGCAGAGAAUUUGAGGAUGAUAUGGAGUAAUAAUGUACUCAUUCCUAAUUCCUUUUCCAAACUCGAGGAAGUAGAGAUUUAUUCAUGCAACAAUCUUCAGGACGUAUUAUUUCAUCCAAAUAUUAUAAACAUGCUUACAUGCCUUAAUACAUUAAGGAUUAAAAAUUGUGAAUUAUUGGAGGGGAUAUUCGAAGUGCAAGAGCCGAUUAGUGUUACAAAAACAAAAACAAAUGCUAUCGUGCUACCAAAUAAUUUGAUAGAGUUGGAAUUAUAUAAUCUUCCAAACCUUGAGUACCUAUGGAGUAAGAAUCCAAAUUUUGAAAGGCUCGUGACUUUUGAAAGUAUAAGAAGUUUGUCCAUUGAAAAAUGUUCAAAACUUAAAGGAGAAUAUUUUUUGUCAAUCAAAACUUUCAAGCAACUUGUAAGACUGAAAAUGGGUAUUAGGCAAUUGACAGUGGCUCUUGGGAAGGAAGUUAAGUCAGCAGAUCAUAGUAUGUUAUUGGAACCAAAGCAAUUGGAGACUUCUUCUUCUAAGGUUGAGGUUCUACAGUUGAGAGAUGGUUCUAAGUUGUUUUCCAAUCUUAAAGAAUUGAAGCUAUAUGGUUUUGUUGAGUAUAACUCAACUCAUUUGCCAAUGGAAAUUGUUCAAGUCUUAAACCAACUUGAGAAGUUUGAAUUGAAAGGAAUGUUCAUUGAAGAAAUUUUCCCCAGCAACAUACUGAUUCCAAGCUAUAUGGUUUUACGAGAAUUGACUCUAUCUAAACUAUCCAAGCUUAGGCAUUUGUGGGGUGAAUGCUCACAAAAGAAUAAUGAUUCACUUCUACGAGAUCUGACCUUUUUAUUCAUUUCAAAAUGUGGUGGAUUGAGUAGUUUAGUGUCAUCAUCGGUGUCAUCUUUUACAAACUUGAGAAUUCUUGAAGUGGAAAAGUGUGAUGGACUAAGCCAUUUGUUGAGUUCAUCGGUAGCUACAACGCUCGUGCAACUUGAAGAAUUGAGAAUAGAAGAAUGCAAAAGGAUGAGUAGUGUAAUUGAGGGAGGAUCAUCUGAAGAAGAUGGAAAUGAUGAAAUUAUUGUAUUCAACAACCUACAACAUUUAAUCAUUUCUUCUUGUUCCAACCUAACAAGUUUUCAUUGUGGAAGAUGCAUCAUUCAAUUUCCAUGUUUGAAACAAGUACACAUUAACAAGUGUACUGAAUUGAAGGUCUUUUCGCUUGGAAUUGUAAGCACACCUCCUUUAAAAUAUGAAAAUAUUUAUUUAAAGAAUGAUGAUGAUGAUGAUACGUGGCAUCACCCAAAAGAAUCCAUAGAAAUGGUGGUGGAAACUGAUAUGAAUGUCAUCAUCAGAGAAUAUUGGGACGACAACAUCGAUACUAGAAUUUCAAAUUUGUUUGGAGAAGAGAAUUUGGAGGAAAGCCAAUUUGAACAUUCUUCUUCCUCGAAUAAAGUUGAGGAAUAAGGAAUUAUAUUGAUAUUUCUGUGCACUACACUUGAUAUCAUUUCAUCCACAAGGAAGGGCUAUACUUAGAAUUGGGAAUAUAAUCAAUGGAAAUUCAGAUUGUAUUGAUCUUUGCAUUAUAUUGUUGGAAGUUUGGGAAUUGAUAUAAUGAAUGAAUCAGAUAAUUGAUUUAGCAAGGAGAGGAAAAAUGGAGGGUGCAGCCAACACUUGACUCAUUCUACUUUUUGGAUAGUGACCGAAUCCGGUGGAAUUUAUGCAAGGCCUAAUCGUGGAGGAACAGAAAAAUAGACUUGUAUGUGAGGUGACUAUCAGGGUUUUGAAUGUGGACCUCAACCAAUCCAGUGAUUCAGGUGGAAGGGAAAUCGAAAAAGAUUUGUAAGAACUACCAUGGUCACAAGUAUGUAGAGUGCACCUCAUCUGCAUUACAGGCCAUUCUCUUAUUUAGGGAACAUUACCCAUCGCAUAGAAGCCAAGAGAUCAACCAUUUUAUCAACAAGGCCGUUCAAUUUCUUCUACACAUGCAACUGCCUGAUGGUUCUUGCUAAGGAGGUGUUUACCUAGUGGAGAUGUUCUGGUGCACUUACUGACCCAUGAUAUAUUUUUCAAAAAACUUCUUCUACCCUUAAUCACCUUGUUUCCUAAAAAAAGAAAAAAGGAAAAUAUAGACCCCAGUCCAAUUCAUCAUGCUGCCAAGGUGUUGAUCAAUUCUCAAACUGAAGAUGGUGAUUUUCCUCAAGAGGAAAUUACUGGAUCAUUCUUCAAUAGUUGCUCCUUACACUAUGCAGCAUACAGAGAAAUUUUUCCAGUGAUGGCAUUGGGAGAAUAUUGUAACAAAAUUUCCUUGCCUUCUAAGAAUAAACAAUAAAACAAACCUUUUGUAUGCUAUAAUUCUGCUAGGGGGUAUGGGAAAAACAACAUUAAUGUAUUUUAUUUUAUUCCAAGAUACCAAGUUGUGGUACAGGAAUCAAGUUCCUAUGUUUUAUUGUUAUAUAAUGGAUUGAAAUAAUUGUUUUGAAUUCUCAAGGAAGAAUGGUCGCCAUCAAGAAGAUGUUCUAAUUGAUGAUUCACCAAGACAGUUGGAUUCGUUUA